CUGCGUUCCUACUCCAUUUUCCCGGGGCGGACGCACUCCGAGCGGCUGCGCGCUAAUCGCACACAGCUUCGAGAGAAUUAUUAAAUACAUCCCGUUUUCGUUUGUUUUCCAGUUUCGUACAGAAAUAAGGAACGUUCGGGUUUUUUUCCCCCUGAGAUGGUAGAUUAUCACGCAGCGAAUAAUCCAGCCCAGUAUUCUGGGCAGCAGAGCUACAUGGAGCAGGAGAACGACUGGGACCGAGACCUGCUGCUCGACCCGGCCUGGGAGAAGCAGCAGAGGAAGACGUUCACAGCGUGGUGUAACUCUCACCUGCGUAAAGCUGGGACUCAGAUCGAGAACAUCGAGGAGGACUUCAGAGAUGGCCUGAAACUCAUGCUAUUGCUCGAGGUCAUCUCAGGUGAGAGGUUACCCAAACCUGAGCGAGGGAAGAUGAGAGUCCACAAGAUCAACAAUGUCAACAAAGCGCUUGACUUCAUUGCCAGCAAAGGAGUCAAACUCGUGUCUAUUGGAGCAGAGGAAAUUGUUGAUGGAAAUGUAAAGAUGACCCUCGGUAUGAUCUGGACCAUCAUCCUCCGCUUCGCCAUCCAGGACAUCUCAGUAGAGGAGACCUCGGCUAAAGAAGGCUUGUUGUUGUGGUGUCAGAGGAAAACGGCUCCGUACAAAAAUGUCAACGUGCAGAACUUCCACAUCAGCUGGAAGGAUGGUUUGGCCUUUAAUGCUCUCAUCCACAGACACAGACCUGAACUGAUCAACUAUGACAAAUUGCGCAAGGAUGAUCCUGUUACCAAUCUGAACAAUGCCUUUGAAGUGGCUGAGAAAUACCUGGACAUUCCCAAGAUGCUGGAUGCAGAAGAUAUCGUUGGUACUCUCAGGCCGGAUGAGAAGGCUAUAAUGACGUAUGUCUCCUGCUUCUAUCACGCCUUUUCUGGUGCUCAGAAGGCCGAGACAGCAGCCAAUCGCAUCUGCAAAGUUCUUGCUGUCAAUCAGGAGAACGAGCACCUGAUGGAGGACUACGAGAAACUCGCCAGCGAUUUGUUGGAGUGGAUUAGGAGGACGAUCCCGUGGUUGGAGAACAGAGCUCCAGAGAAGACUAUGGUGGAGAUGCAGCAGAAGCUGGAGGACUUCAGAGAUUAUCGCAGAGUUCACAAACCUCCUAAAGUGCAGGAGAAAUGUCAGCUAGAGAUCAACUUCAACACACUGCAGACCAAACUGAGGCUCAGCAACCGGCCGGCCUUCAUGCCCUCUGAGGGACGCAUGGUGUCUGAUAUUAACGGGGCUUGGCAUAAUCUGGAGGGGGCGGAGAAAGGCUACGAAGAGUGGCUACUGAACGAAAUCCGCCGACUGGAGAGACUCGACCACCUCGCUGAGAAAUUCCGCCAGAAAGCAGCUAUACAUGAGAGCUGGACUGAUGGUAAAGAGGCCAUGUUGAAUCAGAAGGACUAUGAGACAGCUUCACUGUCUGAGAUUAAAGCUCUGCUGAAGAAGCACGAGGCAUUUGAAAGUGACCUCGCUGCUCACCAGGAUCGCGUGGAGCAGAUUGCUGCCAUCGCCCAGGAGCUCAAUGAGCUGGACUACUAUGACUCUCCGAGUGUGAAUGCUCGCUGUCAGAAGAUCUGUGAGCAGUGGGAUGUGUUGGGAGCGCUAACGCAGAACCGUAGAGAGUCACUUGAGAGGACAGAGAAGCAGCUGGAGUCGAUUGAUGAGCUGUAUCUGGAGUACGCGAAGCGAGCAGCUCCGUUUAAUAACUGGAUGGAAGGAGCGAUGGAAGACCUGCAGGACAUGUUCAUAGUGCAUAACAUCGAGGAGAUACAGGGUCUGAUCACAGCCCAUGAGCAGUUUAAGGCGACUCUCCCAGAGGCGAAUAAGGAGCGGGAGGCCAUUCAGGCCAUUCAGGCUGAGGUGCAGAAAAUUGCACAGUAUAACGGCAUCAAACUGAGUGGCACCAACCCCUACACCACCAUCACCCCCAGCAGCAUUGACAGCAAGUGGGGCAAGGUGCAGCAGCUGGUUCCUCAGCGUGAUGAAGCCCUGCAGGAGGAACUCAGCCGCCAGCAGUCUAAUGAUCAUCUGAGACGCCAGUUUGCCGACCAGGCCAACGUGGUGGGACCCUGGAUCCAGAACAAGAUGGAGGAGAUUGGGCGGAUAUCAAUCGAGAUGAACGGGACUCUGGAGGAUCAGCUCACUCACCUGCGUCAGUAUGAACAGAGCAUCAUCGAGUACAAACCCAACAUCGAACAGCUGGAGGGAAAUCAUCAGCUCAUCCAGGAGGCGCUCAUCUUCGACAACAAGUACACCGCUUACACUAUGGAGCACCUGCGUGUGGGAUGGGAGCAGCUCCUCACCACCAUCGCUCGCACCAUUAAUGAGAUUGAGAACCAGAUUCUGACCCGCGACGCUAAAGGCAUCAGUCAGGAGCAGCUCCAUGAGUACAGAGCCUCCUUCAACCAUUUCGACAAGGACCACAGCGGUGCUUUAAUGGCCGAAGAGUUCAAGGCGUGUUUGAUCAGUCUUGGUUACGACGUGGAGAAUGAUAAGCAGGGUGAUGCUGAGUUUGCCCGCAUCAUGGGCAGUGUGGACCCCAACAAUACCGGGGCCGUGACUUUCCAGGCCUUCAUUGAUUUCAUGUCCCGGGAAACGACAGACACUGACACGGCAGAUCAGGUCAUCGCCUCCUUCAAGAUCCUCGCUGGAGACAAGAACUACAUCACUGCGGAGGAGUUGAGGCGUGAGCUGCCCCCUGAUCAGGCCGAGUACUGUAUCUCUCGCAUGGCACCCUACAAAGGGAGCGACGCUGUGCCUGGCGCUCUCGACUACAUGUCCUUCUCCACUGCUCUCUACGGAGAGAGCGACCUCUAAAAGGGCCCUAGAUCUGGCACGCUCCUCCACCUCUCCACUCCUCCAUCUCCACUUCCUGUCCAUCUGUCUUGCUCCAAGGAGAGGAGGAGUUUUACAGGACUUAAAGCACAUCUGAGGGGCGGGGCCAGGUGUGUGUGUGUGCGCGUGUGUGUGUGGAGAGAAACAGGAAGUGACGGUUGUUCUGCAGGUAGAGAGAGAUGGCUCAAUCCCAAUUCUUACAAACUCCUUUUCUUACAAGCUUUGCUCACUUCUUUGUAGUCCUCGAAGAUAAAUGGAUAAAAUUAUUUCCUUUAUAAUUUAGUAUUAAUUUGAGAUUUCUCACCAGCAGAGGUGUGUGUGUGUGUGUGGGGGUAAAUCAGGACAGUAAUUAAUAAGAAUUUGAAGUAGUUGAGCAUGAACAUUGGUGCUGUAGCAAAUUCUGGUUUCAGCCUCGUGUCUCACUCUCGGAGAGAGAGGUGCGCGCACACACACACACACACACACACACACACACACACACCGAGUGCACAUUUAUUCUAACUUUACAUGCUGUUUUUUUGGGUCCAGGUGAGCAGGCGGGGCUUAGAGACUGUAGGCCAAUAGGAGAAAAGAAACUGGUUUAGGCUGAUUGAGAGACGGGACAUAAUGGGCGUGUGUGCGCGAGAGCUCCACUCUGUUUAUCAUGUUGAUUUGCUCGCUGUUGUGUGUUUCUGUGCUGUACAUACUCAUUGUGUUUCCACAUAUCACACACAGAGUAAUAAACCUUGUCACAGCAUCUUUACAGAAAUUACAUCAUUAAAUAAACAUUGCGCUUGGCCAGGCAUGUGCCGAUCCAUGGUAAUCUUUCAUAUCAUGAUAUUUGUAUGUUUUUAAUCACGGUUUCUGAGGACAUCGCAAGUUUGUAUUUAAAGAAAAAAGAUUAUAUUCUUAAACUCCUUCAGCAGGUUUUUCACACUGGUGUGGCGUACAGAAUCCUCAGGCUGUUCGUUAUUCACAGAGGAAUGUGUGCUUUAAAUGCAUCAAAAUAAGGGACAGACUUUAUUCCCUGAGCAUGCUCCCUACUUAGGCAGCCUACAGACCCUCCCUUAUUCAGGAGUAGACUGCCUAGUUAGUGAACAAGUGUUUUUCAAAUUGCCCAUGAGGAGAAUCUUGUAAAUAUGGCGAUUAAUAUUUCACAGCUGAUGAUCGGCACAUGCCUAUGCUGUCAUACUGUAGGUGUGGCUGUUGGGGGCGGAGCUACAUGUGAUAAAUUAAUGCUAAAGCACAAGGCCCAUGUCGUGUGCAUUUCUCCUCUAGUCCACUCCUCCAGGACCGAAACGUGGUCCUGAUGUCCCUCGGAGAUGAUUUCCUGUGAGGUGGGGGGAGGGGUGGGGGAGUGGAGUCUUGAACAUUCCAUUAUGUCUUAAUGAUUAAAUUGCUGUCUAAUGAUCUAUGCAAAUCAUUUAUUAUUAUUAUUAUUAUUUACAGUGAUGGGGUGACUAUAACUGUACUGGUGAAAUAAACGGUGAAUAAACAAGUGGCAGAGGAA